AUGAGCUCAACGAGAAGGAAACGGACAAUUACAGAGACUGAUGAUACUAAUGUAAUGCCCCUAAAGAAAAAGCCAUUAAAACCAGAGGAAAUUAGUGAUCAUGAAGAUGAAUUUUCUCAAACUUCUGUUUUAUUUGAGAUUGAAAAUGUUACUUCAAUGAGCAAUGAUGGAAACACAAGUCAAAUAAAAGUGGAAAAAGAGGAAGAUGAUGAGAAUACUAUUGCUUGUAAUGGCGCAGAAGAAAAUGAGUUUGAUUGUAAAACCUCUAUUAAUGCUUUGUGUGAUACAAUUAAUGAAGCCACACCAACAAAAAAGAAAAAGAAAAAACAUAGAGAAUUAGAUGAGACUAAUUUGCAAAAAGUUACAGAAGAUGGGAUCAAAAACACUUCAACAGAAAAUGUUGCAGAAAAUUCAGUAUUGUCUGAAGCUGUGGAAAUGCCAGCUAAGAAAAAAAAGAAGAAGUCUAAAAAAAACAACUCUACUGAAAACGUUGUGGAUGAUGAGGAACAUUUGGCAGUGUCUGAAGAUCAAAAUGAUGAGGCAAAAAAUGUGGAUAAAGAAAAAAUAGAUACAGAGUUGUCAUUUUCAGAGACAAAACGAAUGUUUGAUGAUAUACAACAAAAGCUAAUGUCAAGUAAAUUUGUUAACUCGAAAAGUUUUUGGGAUAAAUACAGUUUCCAUCCUUACAGUAAUGAGAAUUGCAGAUCUGCUUUUAACAAAAUUAUGUCCAAGGUGCAAAAGAAGAGAACUAUGCUCGAACUUGUAAGUGCCGCUGGUAAGCUGAUGGAGAUUUCCAAAAAACACCCAGAGUAUCGAGGAAUUCAGAUCUUGAACAAGCUUACAAAAAAAUGGGCAAAGUUAUCUGAUCAUAAAAAACUUAAAUACAUUGAUCUUGCUCUUGCUAAAAGAGAUGACUAUAUGGAGGAGAUCAAACAUUGCUACCAAAUUGAUCCUUCUUUUGUUGCUAAACCGAUUCUUAGCAAAGGUGAAUGGCAACUAAAAGAUAGAUGUUCAGGUCUACCUGAUUCACUCUUGCUCUCUUUCUGCAUUCUUCAUUUUUCCUGUUUUUCUUGCAAUCUUUCCAGUCACUCAUUUUUCCACUCUCUCUCACUCUCCCACAUCAUGGAUUUUUACCUCUCUCUCCCACAUCAUGGAUUUUUACCUCUCUCUCCCACAUCAUGGAUUUUUACCUCUCUCUCCCACAUCAUGGAUUUUUACCUCUCUCUCCCACAUCAUGGAUUUUUACCUCUCUCUCCCACAUCAUGGAUUUUUACCUCUCUCUCCCACAUCAUGGAUUUUUACCUCUCUCUCCCACAUCAUGGAUUUUUACCUCUCUCUCCCACAUCAUUGAUUUUUUCCUCUCUCUCCCACAUCAUUGAUUUUUCCUCUCUCUCCACAUCAUUGAUUUUUCCUCUCUCUCCCACAUCAUUGAUUUUUUUCUCUCUCUCCCACAUCAUUGAUUUUUCUUCUCUCUCUCCCACAUCAUUGAUUUUUCUUCUCUCUCUCCCACAUCAUUGA